CCACCCAAACACAGGGCCACGGCUAGCCGACGAUCAAUACUCGACGCAGAGGAAAAGGAAACAAAGAGGCGAUUAAUUUGCAGCGAUGGCGAACAACGGAGCGGGCGAAAACCAGACUCUUAGACACCAAGAAGUCGGCCACAAGAGCCUUUUGCAGAGCGAUGCUCUUUACCAGUAUAUACUUGACACCAGCGUGUAUCCAAGAGAGCCGGAAUGCAUGAAAGAGCUCAGGGAAGUGACUGCGAAGCAUCCAUGGAACAUCAUGAGCACCUCUGCCGAUGAAGGGCAGUUCUUGAACAUGCUCUUGAAGCUGACUAACGCCAAGAACACCAUGGAGAUUGGCGUUUACACUGGCUACUCUCUCCUCGCCACCGCCCUUGCUCUCCCCGAUGAUGGAAAGAUCUUGGCAAUGGACAUUAACAGAGAAAACUACGACUUGGGCCUGCCCAUAAUCCAAAAGGCCGGCGUCGCCCACAAAAUCAACUUCAGAGAAGGCCCGGCUCUGCCUGUUCUCGACCAAAUGAUCGAAGACGGAAAGUAUCACGGAACGUUCGAUUUCAUCUUCGUGGACGCCGACAAGGACAACUACCUGAACUAUCACAAGAGGCUGAUCGAGCUGGUGAAGGUCGGCGGGCUGAUCGGCUACGACAACACCCUCUGGAACGGCUCGGUGGUGGCGCCGCCCGACGCUCCGAUGAGAAAGUACGUCCGCUACUACAGGGACUUCGUGCUGGAACUCAACAAGGCCCUCGCCGUCGAUCCCCGGAUUGAGAUCUGCAUGCUCCCCGUUGGCGACGGCAUCACCCUCUGCCGCCGCGUCAGCUGAUUCCGCCGUCGCCGGCCAACUAACAAAGCAAAAACGCGUCGCUUCCUGUUGUUUUACUUGUCAUCAGUUGUAUUAUUCGUAAUUACAAUGUGACGGUGGAUGGAUCGGAAAGGGUUUGGAGUGACCGCCUCCGAUCGAUUCGGCCUUGGGAUUUGCAUAAUAUUUGUGUACCUUUAAUUUUACAACAAUAUAAAAAUAUGAGUUAUUUA